AUGCUGGGAUCAUCAAGGUCUCUUGUACGAGCGUUGGAAGCUGUGUUUGCAGAAAAAGAGACAUCUAAAAUACCCGACGCUGAUCUAAGCACUACAAUUAACGAGUACCUAGUUAAACACAAUAACUUCACUACAAUUAAACAAAGCAGUUAUAACAUACACGAAGAGCUCUAUCGUAUAUACAAUGGAUACAUUAAACCGUCGCACAAGUUGGAACGAGAAAAUAGAUUUCUUGAUGUCUUGAUUCAAGUCUGUGAUGUGUUUAGUGACAACGAGGUCAAUUUAUGGAUUCUGACAUAUCUAAAAUCGGCAAUUGAUAGUGCUGGUUAUGAGUUGACAUUUGUGGCCAACUCCAAAAAGUUUAUUGAGAAAGUUUUAACGAAUUAUUCAAUAACAGAGUGUGAUCGUCUUAACGAUUUACAUGAGAAAGUUUCAAUAACAUUAGCGCAACAACUACUAGAUAUCUACUUGAAUGAAGAUACUGUGACACUAAAACUUAAGUUGGAUGUCGGAGAGGAGCAAAGAGAAAGUCAAGCAUAUCAUGAGAGAAUACGAUUUAUUCGAUCUAAUUGUGCUAAAUUAUUACUAGAGUAUGGGCAGAAAUACACAAAUCAAUAUUGCAAUUUGUUAAAUCAGUACAUGCAGAAUGUUGACUAUAGACUUGAGGCUAUUGUGUUGCUUGGAUACUUGAUAAAUUCAGAUAUCAGAGAUACAUCCAUUGUUGUAGAAAAUGACAUAUUUCAGAAUUUGCUAAAAUGUCUUCAUUUUGAUUUGGAGCCCAACAUUGUUCAUUGCGCAUUGAAUAAUCUCUUCAUAUUGAUACCAAAGGUUGUCGAUAAAUUGGGUCGCCACUUGUCAGAUAUUUUGUUGAUAUAUCUACGAAUCACAAGUUGGAGCAAUACGAAUGAAGCAGUGCUGAAAGAGGACAACUGCCUCGCAAAUGAAUUUGUCCAGUGUGUUGAAUCAUGGCAGGUUGCAUUACCAAGAUCACCCGAAUUCAAUGUCGUAGUAGGGUUCAAUUAUCAAUAUUUGUGCACCUUACUUUAUGGUUUGUUUUACUUCAAUUUUGCGGCUUUUGUUUGUGAUCCACUAGAUUACCUAACAGCCCAUGCACCAUCAGUAGUAUCAAUUGGCUCGCUAAAGGAGCUGAAUUUUACAUUAUCUAAUAGAGAUUCUCCACUCACUAGAGCUAUGACAAUCACAAAGCAGCUUCUAGGAGCAUUUCUCGUGCAUCCCAAGUACUGGAUGAAAGAUGAUCAAGUAGACGAAUUGAACCAUCCAACUGGUUGGCUACCUGGUGAUGCAUCUUUGGAGGAGAUUGCCAUAGCCUGCUUGAGCUUGAAUCCAAAUAUUUUGAUCAGAAAUGGUGAAGCAAGCACACCUAUUCAAAGCUCUAAUGUUGUCUCUACUGUUGGAGACCCACUAUCAAGAUCAUCAUCAUUGGCUGGUCCAAUGUAUUUUCAAGCAAAUGGUCCAGCAAAACAACUUAUGAAAUCAAGACUUUUACAACAUAGGAAAAUGUCAAUAAUACCCACACAUUUAGUUCUUGAUAACAAUCACUCAAAUGGUGUGGAAGACGAGAUUAAGUUUAAGGAAUUUGGAUUUACUAAUGGGCAAGAGCUGCAGGUAUCUGAGGCAUCUAGUGCGACUAGUCCAUCUUCAUCCAAGCAAGAUCGUCACGAUCCUGUGAAUGAUUUGUUAUACGACCAUGCAAGACUCUUUACCACGGUAAAGCAUAACAGACUAUAUCAUCAAAGCAAUUUUCCGGUUAGAACCAAUUCUCUUGAUCCCAUUACCGCAAUAGUUGAACAACCCAACGAAAAGUCCAAACAGGAAAUGCGGUUGGGUCGUCCAAUGUCAUCGCCAACAACAAACUUGGAAGCAUCGAGCGUGUUUAAAGACAAUAGCACUACUACUACAGGAACAAAUGGUGAUGCCAGCUCAUUACACAGUUCAACUAAUGAUCCUCCUCAAUCAAAUUUGAAUGAAUUGAAUGCAAAUGGGACCAUAAUCGAUUUUUAUCAACGAGAAUUGUUACUAUUUAAGAAUGAAUUGGAGUUUUCCAGUUAUAUGAAACAUCUAAACAAAUUCCAUUAUUUGAAAGUGAAAGAUGAGGCGAGUGAAGAUGACGACAAUGUACGUAGCAUCCCAAUACAACGCAAUGAAGAAAAUGCUUUCGUCAAGAUGAUUGACAACAUCAAGAAUGAGUGGGAAGGGAAACAACAAGACUUUAAUCGUCAAUACGAUCUCCUCACUGCCAAGAUCAAACAGCUUGAAUCUGAAAAAGAAAAUUUAAGCAUGCAAUUAUUGACGCUACGACAAUCAACUGAAACAAAUGUCAAGGAAUAUGAUGAAUUGGUUAAGAGUGUGAUCCCUAAUAAGGAUUAUGAGAUUGAACAAUUGAAGUUGAAAUUGAAGACCAGUGAGCUAGAAGAACAAAAAUUGCACACAAAUACCUACGAACAUACAAAUAAUGCAACAACGGGAACAAUUAAAGAGCUUAUGACAACUCAAAAAUCAUUAGAAGAUCAAAUUUAUAAUUACAAGAUGGAACAUCAAGUUUUGAAUCAGCAAAUUGUCCAAUUGGAACAAGAAAACAAAGAGUUACAAACCCGUUUUAACUCAAUGAUUUCUCAAUAUGAAGCCAAAUUAGAAAAAUCAAAAUUAUCACUUUCGGAAACCUUGGCUUCUUUAACUACACCUUUUGAAAAAAAGAUUACCGAAUUACAAGCAGUGAUUCACAAAUAUCAAACUUUAUUAGAAGAACAAACACGUAAUAAAUUGACAUCAUCAUCAUCAGGAGCUAGCGGAACUGGAAGUGUGCCUAUUCCAAUAAUCCGACAGAAUAGUUCUAACAGUUCAGGUGAUUAUUCGUUUGGCCAUGAUAAUAGUCAUGGUAAUAACACUAUGCCAUCACGUUCAAUGGCCCCAAUACAACAAAUGGUACGUAACGGAAGCGGUAAAAUUAGCACUGGUCUUAACAAUGCCAAUGAUGGUGAUAGUUUACCUUUAAUGAGAGGUCGGGGAGGAUUGCAAAAGAAGACAAGAAAGUUUAUGUGA